CUGUAAUUAAAUGAAGCUUUAAAAAUUGUAAUUAUUUCACUUAAUCAAAAAUCUCAUAAUUUUUUUCAAAAAUUCCCAAUUUGUGUUGAUUGUGAUUAUGUCAUUUACAUCCAAGUAACAUGAUUGUGAAUUCUGAAAUAAAAGAAGAAGCAAGUAAACAAAAGCAGCUGUUUAUUGCAAUAAAAAAUAUUUACAAAUAUAAACAAAAUUUUUUUAACGAUUUUUAUCAAGAUGGAAGUGGUUCAUUGUACUCCCACAGAGGCAGAGCUUUUACCGGAACGUGAAAUUCAAUGCACCUAUAAUGGCUGCAAUUCCGUUUUUACAAAUGCCGGUAAUUUGGAUAUGCAUUUACAAAGACAUCAUGGCACACAGCCGAUGAAGAGAACAGAUUUCAAUGGAAAACAGUGUGUUUUCCAUUGCCCUAAGCUACAAUGUACAUAUCACGAGCAGCAUGCUGGUAAAAUGCAUUUCAAAACACUGAAAUACUUACGGCAGCAUUAUAAGAAAGUGCAUGCAGCUAAAACAAAUGUCUGUGAUAAAUGCGGAAAGGCUUUUAUCAACGUCAAUCAGUUGAAGACACAUAUGGAAAAAUUGUGCGGCAUCAAAUACAGCUGCAUAGAGUGUGGUUGGGAUUAUAAUAGUAAAGAGGCGCUGUUGACACAUUGUAAACGCAAGGGACAUAAAUUGCGAGACAGUGGUUUAGUUGAAGUGAAAACAAAAUUACGGCAAAAACCACAGUCACAACAAUUAGUGAAUCAAAGUCAUGAUCAGGAAACGCAAACAGACGGUGAGUGCCUCAUACCAACUUGCAUUGAUACAAAGAACGACAUAUCGACAGAAACAGAGGAUUACCAUACACAUGGCAAAAACGCAUCGACGAGCACGCAUACGCCAACUGAUAUAGAAACCCAAACUGAAAAUGUCUUCUUAAAUACAAUGCAACAUACCAACUGCAACAGUUUAAGUACAAACUUCCACAACUCGUUGCCACAUGCUCAGCUUCUGCCGCCUUCUACGCAUACCUACACACAAACAUAUGAUGAUUUAUUCACAGAUUCCUUGUUGGGUUUCACCGACAUACAAACACAAACCAAUUGGUCCAGUUUCGCCGAUGCCGCCACGGAUGCAGAAAUGAACGAAGAAGUGUCAGCACAUCAAUAUAACACAUCAAAUGCCGGCACAUGUACACGUUGCGCUUCUGAUGAGUUGCUGGUGUCGACCGAAACCCAAACUAGUUUCACACAAUGUUUACUCGAAUCACGCACCGCUAAUGGCGUUGCAGAGGAUGGCAAUUUUAGUUUAUAUCAAACACAGCAUACACAGACUUGUGACAUGCUGUUGGGUGCGCUUUUUGGUGCACAAGAAAGUGAUUUGAUUGGUGGAUUUCAAUCCACCUAUACGCAAACAUGA